UCUUCCGUCACAAUUUCUUCUGCUUGUCGCUCUAUGUAUUUAUCUCUGACAUUAAUUCUGUGUUUUUUCAACCCUAAUUUACUGGAAUGGGAUCAAAACUUCCUAUUGCAUGCCUUACAUUGGCCACCCUGAUCGAUGGCCUCAGUGGUGAUUUGCUGAUACGAGGACCAGAGGAGGCCGUCCUGGAGGGCGACAGUGUCAGGCUGGAGUGUAUGUUCACGGACCCAGCGUUAAACAUCAGCAGGGUCAGAUUCGAAGUGUUCUCGAAGUGGCUAGCGAUUUGGCGCACGGUUUGGAAGGGCUCGUGGUGCUUCUACUCGUUGCACGUGAAGCAAGUGAAGAACAAGAUGGUGCUGGAGAUCCCCCGAGUGGCCAGCUUCUCAGAGAGUCUUUUCCGCUGCGUGUCGGACGACGAUACGCUGACGGAACCUAACAACGCCUCCCAGGCUCUGUCCUUCAAAGUACACUACCUGAGGGAGGUGCAGUUCUCCAGAGUGGGCUUGGGCAGAUUGUUGAAACUCCCACAGGAACUCAGAGUGCGACGCGGGGACGACGUGGCGUUGAACUGCUACGCCAGCUCCUCGGAGGUGGCCAGAUACUACUGGCUCAGGGAGAAUGAUGACUGGAUGCUGCCCUCGUCCCUGCUAAAACUGAAAGGAGUGAGGGCCACAGAUGCAGGAGUGUACACGUGCACGGCCGAGCAUCCCACCGUGCCGCUCAGGAAGUGGCGCAACAUCAGCAUCGUUGUUCUUCCUGAAGACGCCCGUUGGUAUGAGUCCAACACCGGUCAAGUUACACUGGCGUCCUCGCUGGGGGUGUUCAUGGGACUCUCGGCUCUCAUCAGCGUGUGCACGUACCGCAGGAAGAAGAAGGCCAAGACCACCAAGGAACCCAUCGAUGACCACUCUCAGCUCAAGCCCAUCUACAAAGGCAACCUGGAGUGUCUCCCUUCAAACAGGGAAGACAAACACCUUCUCGUGUGACGCCACUGUGAGGAUGGAAUGGAGAGGAAUGGAAGUGGAGUCACAAGGAAGAUGGAGUGUGUAGCCAGAGAGUGAGGGAUGGCGUACUUAGAGGCGACUAGAUGGUUAUAGAUGAUGACGAGCAGAGAGAGCGAGGCUAUCGGGAGCAGAGCAGAAAUACUCCAAAAAAGACAAAAAUUACUCAUGCACUUACGACAUUUAUUCUGCAGUGUGGAAAAAGUGUGUUUUCUGGUUGUGCAGCCAUUUUAUUUAGCGUGACAGCAUUUAACCAUUUAGAAGCAGUGGUGCAGCUAGAAUCCAAGUCGUCGUCAUGCAGAAUCAGCAGCAGAGCCCUAAGCUUGGUCUCUGUGUGGUUUUGAAGGCAUCGUGGUCCAGUUUGGUACUAUAUAUGACUUACCUUUUUUCAUUGGGUCUUCUUUACAUGUGAAAGAAGCUCUCUUUUACUCACUUAAACAAGCAAACUGUCAAAUACAUAUAUAUAUAUAUAUAUAUAUAUAUAUAUAUAUAUGUGUGUGUGUGUAUAUAUAUAUAUGUAUACUGUAUAUACUGUAUAUACUGUAUAUGUAUAGUAAACACAAAAUAACAUUUUUUCAGACCUUUUUUUUUUUGAUUGAUCAAUUUUGAUUUUUUUUUUUUUUUUUAAUAUGCCGCAGGCCAACAAAAAACGAGCUGCGGCCAUAGAUGGCCCCUGGGCUGGACAUUGGACACCACUGCUCAGUAUGCUGUGUUUAACAGCCUACUAAAAUAACCCCAUUAGAUUCUUCAGUAAUAACAGUGCUCUGCUGUUUUUAGGAAUCUGCUGCAAAAACGUUCUCAAGUUUGAGCUUGAAUCCCUGCCAUAGGAAAUCUGCCCCCACCCCCCCAUUCCCCGUUUGUAGGUUCCACUGUACUGAACUUUUUCCCUGCAUCAAGGAAGUUGAUACCACUAAGCGACCAAUUGCACCCACUAGGAGGCAUUGUUGCAUGAUAUCGGGGAUUGCUAGCAUACCAUUUGAUGGUCCGCAAUUAAUUUCUUUCUUUUGGAAGUUGGGUGAGGGCGUCUAUCAGUGUUCCCAUGCAUUUUGUAAAAUAAUUUCAAAAAGGCUGCUGUCUGGAAGGCGUCACGGCGUCUUUGGAUAGGUCGUUGACACAUUUUACACGCAACUGACUGUGACAGUGAAUCAGCCGCCAUGCUCAGUUUGUGAAAUAGAGGAGUCUUGUCUUCUGCUUUGUCAUUAUUGGGUCUUCCACCCUGUUUCAGAGAAGAAGGAAUUUCAAGGUUCUGUUUGUCGGGUUUUGUGAGGGAAAGUAUUGUAAUUGAAAGAAAUCCUUUCGUAGGUCCCACUUGUCCAGGACCACUGCUUUGGAGUUUUAAAGUGUAAAUAUAGUUCUUCACCCAAUAAAAUGUUAAUUUGGUUGUAUUGCGAUAAGUUAAGAUAACAAUGGAUCAUUUGAUUGACUUGUGAUGUUUUGCCCCUCUAUAAAAAUACUGUAUAUCUACAAACUUGAUUUUAUACUUUUUUUUUUCAACAGUAUUUGUUAUUAUUUUGUUAUUUACCAUUUAACUUUUUUGUCCUUUCAUUUAUUAGCCAGCAAGGUACUUCCUGGUGUAUGGAAGGUGACUUCAAAUGGACGGUACUAACAACCUAAUAACAUAAGUCACGAUCACGGUUUUUCAAAAGUAUUUCAAUAAAUAUUAUUGAUCCAUA